AAGCGGGGCAGCGAGUAAAAUAGAAAUGGCGAAUGGGUGGUUACAUGGCGCCAUUAGAGCCGCAGGAGAGAGAUCCGUGGCUCUGCAAUGGCCUUUCUUUUCCUUCCCACCGCCACCACUUCCUCCUUCUGCCAAUUCAACUCUCAACGUCUCCAUUUUUAUCCUCUCUGCAAAUCCUUUCUCGCCCUUUCCUACUUCUCCUCCAAGAAAUCCCCCUCCCUCUCCAUUCUCAACUCCAACAAGAUGGAAGGAAGUGAAAUUACGGAAGAAGUUGCAGAGAAACAAAAUGAGGACAAUUUAAACGUGAAGAAAAAGAUAUUUGUGGCCGGUGCAUCGGGAAGUACCGGAAAAAGGAUUGUGGAGCAGUUGCUGGCAAGGGGUUUUGAAGUCAAGGCCGGGGUUCGAGACGUAAGCAAGGCGAAAACUACUCUUUCCCCUGGCAAUCCUGAUCUUCAAAUUGUGAAAGCUGAUGUGACUGAAGGCUCUGCUAAGUUAGCAGAAGCCAUAGGUUCCGAUUCAGAAGCGGUAAUCUGUGCUACAGGGUUUCGCCCAGGCUGGGAUUUAUUUGCGCCAUGGAAGGUUGACAACUAUGGCACUGUAAACCUGGUUGAAGCAUGUCGUCAGCUGGGCAUAAACAGAUUCAUUCUCAUCAGUUCAAUUUUAGUCAAUGGAGCUGCAAUGGGGCAGAUUCUCAACCCAGCUUACAUCUUUCUGAAUGUUUUUGGACUCACCUUGAUGGCCAAGCUUCAGGCGGAGCAGCAUAUCAGGAAAUCGGGUAUUAACUACACGAUUAUUAGGCCUGGAGGUUUGAAAAAUGAUCCUCCCACUGGAAAUUUAGUCAUGACAGCAGAAGAUACUCUUUAUGAAGGAAGCAUAUCAAGAGAUUUAGUUGCAGAAGUAGCUGUCGAGGCAUUGGUCCAUUCUGAAGCCUCUUACAAGGUCGUUGAAAUAGUUUCUCGUGCUGAUGCGCCGAAGCGUACGUAUGAGGAUCUUUUUGGGUCCAUCAAGCAGCGUUAGUUGUCUUUAGAGACCAUCAUAUUUUCAGAAUUAUAGUGUUUGAUAUCUUGAUUCAGCAGCAGUGCCUCAUUUUCCAAGACCCCUUGGGGUCUUUAGCCUGUAAUUCAUAGCACUACGAAUAUACAUGCAUUUGCUAAUGAUGAUGUGAAGCUUACAUAUUC